CCCCUCACCGACCCCGACACGACGACGGUCAAGACACGCUUGACACAAGAUCCGACGAGACGGAGACAUGGCCGAGAUACACGCAGAUGGCGGGCCGCUUCCCCCGAUUCCCGAUGACCUCACCAUCCCCCAAUUCCUGCUUGAUUCGCAUCACCCCGCACGUCCUGUUUUGAAGAAGCCACAGCCAUGGUUGAUCGAGGAAGCAACUGGGCGGGAAGUUGGCUCUGACGAGUUGCGCGCCAGGACAUUCGGACUUGCGAACGCGCUGAAACUACGCUGGAAUAUCAACGAGGAUGAUGUCGUCUGCAUAUUCGGACAGAACCAUAUAGAUUACCCUGUCGCCAUCUGGGCCGUCCACAGAUUAGGGGCUGUCGUAACAGGCGCAAACCCCGCGUACACAGCGGACGAGCUCCUAUAUCAGCUCACAGCAACGAAAGCCCGAGUACUCAUCGCGCACCCGGGCUCACUGUCCGUCGCGCUAGAAGCAGCACGUGGCGCAGGCAUACCCACAGAACGGGUCGUCGUGUUCGACGCAAUACCCGGGGCGAGCAACACGACAGUACACGAGUUGAUUGCGGAAGGUCUUGACCACACGCAGCAGUUUUUCGAGCGGAAACUCCAGCCGGGUGAAGGGAAGCGGAAGCUCGCGUUCCUCAGCUUUAGCAGUGGGACUACGGGCAGGCCAAAGGCUGUUAUGAUCCCUCAUUACGCUGUAUUGGCGAAUGUGAUCCAGUUGGCGCAUUGGACGAAAGCGAAGGACGAAAGCAGGCCUCUUGAUCUGCAGAGGCAUAAGCCUGGUAGCAGAAAUCUUGCCGUCCUCCCAUUCUACCAUAUCUACGGCCUCGUGGUUGUGCUUCACUUCAACUGUUUCAUUGGAACAACGCUCGUCGUCGUGCAGAAGUUCAACUUCGAGCAAUUCCUAGACAGUAUCCAACGAUAUCGCAUUACGAACCUCUGCCUCGUCCCCCCAAUGAUCGUGCUACUGUGCAAGCACCCCGCGGUAGCCAAGUACGACCUCAGCUCGCUGCGCAUGCUCAUGAGCGGCGCGGCGCCGCUCACCGCCGAGCUUAUGACGCAGCUCAUGGCGCGUCUUCCUAACUGCUGGAUCGGCCAGGCGUACGGGAUGACGGAGACGUGCACGGCGGUGACCUUCCCCCAGGUCGACCAGCCCACGGGCACGCUAGGCAGUGGAGGGUUCCUCCUGCCGGGGUGCACGGCGCGCGUGGUAAAGCCUGAUGGGUCUCUCGCGGCGCUUGGCGAAGCUGGGGAGCUUGUCGUGACUAGCCCGAGUGUGGCGAUUGGGUACAUGAACAAUGCCCAGGCGACCGCGGAAACGUUCAAGGACGGCUGGGUCUCCACAGGGGACGAAGUGUACUUCAACGAACGCAAAGAGAUCUUCGUCGUCGACCGCAUCAAGGAGUUGAUCAAGGUGCGCGGGUACCAGGUACCCCCCGCGGAGCUAGAGGGCCAUCUCCUCGGCCACCCAGACGUCGGAGACGUGUGCGUCGUCGGCAUCCCGGACGAGUACAGCGGCGAGCUCCCGCUCGCGUUCAUCGUGCCCAGCGCGGACGCGCAGGCGCGCAUGGACGCGGGCCCGCGCGGCCAGGACGACGUGCGUAAGGCCAUUCUCAAGCACGUCGCAGACCACAAGACGAGCUACAAGCACCUGGUGGGCUUGGAGUUCAUCGACGUGAUCCCGAAGAAUCCGAGCGGGAAGCUGCUCCGGCGGUUCCUGCGCGACCGCGCGAAGGAGCUGCGCGCGAGCGGGAAGCUCGUGCUCAACGUCCGCGCGAAGCUGUGAGGUCUGGGGAUGAGAUUUAUUGCUGUAUGAAUGUAUACAAUCUAAGCUCUGAGGGUGGUUG